AUGGGCGUUUUAAUGUGGGAAGCUUAUUCUGGAGGAAAAAUACCCUGGUCUAAAACUGAACGUGAUGAUGAUGUUAUUCAGAGAGUCAUAAAUGGAGAUAGACUUUCUCAGCCAUCGAAUUGUAGUUCACAAUAUUGGUCUGUUAUUGUGAAAACCUGGUCCAAAUCACCUCAUGAUCGACCUACUUUCAGAGAAUUGAAGCGUCUUCUAACAGAGCAAUACUAUCAGAAAGUGCAACCACUACUACCACUUCUCUCCAAUAUUCAUCUUGAUGAUGGAUGCACACAAGAUGGAAUUACUAUAGCUGGACGCACUUCGGAAUCGGGUAACGAGCUUGAUGAGCUCGCUCAACCUCACGGUUUAUAUGUGACUGAUGAUCAGACGAUCUAUAUUGCUGACUAUCAUAAUCACCGAAUUAUGGAAUGGGUCUUCGGAGAAAGUAGUGGUCGAGUGGUUGCCAGAGGAAGUAGAGCAUUAGAAAAUAAUGAUCAGAUUGGUUACCCAACAGACGUGAUGGAUUGGCUAAAAGGAGCGAAAGCAGGCAUUGUCGUAGCUGGUGGUCGAGGUGAGGGAAAUGAUGUGACUCAAUUAAGAAAUCCUCAGCAAAUGGUCGUCGAUCAAUCAGGUAUUGUUUAUGUAGCCGAUUGUGGCAAUCAUAGAAUUAUGUGCUGGUUUCAAGGAGCAGACAAAGGACGUGUGGUUGUUGGCGGAAACGGUAAGGGAAAUGAAGCAAACCAGUUUAAUAGUCCUACUGGUUUAGCAAUCGAUCUUCAAGGCAACCUCUACGUUGCGGACACGCUAAAUCAUCGAGUACAAAAAUUCUUUAUCAACACGCUCCGCUGA